AGGUUAUGUGAUUGUCAAUAGUAAACACAUGGAAUUACGACACCAAACGAGAAAUAAGUAAUUGGUUUUUAUUUUAUUCUGAGUGCAGCAAGUGUAAAUUCCUAAGUUAAGAGAGCUGAUUAUGAUCAUUUUGUGCUGAGAUGGUAAAUUUCGUGUGUUAGAAUAAAAGAGAAGAACCUUAAGGAUUAAAAUGGCAAGUGCUCUAGAGUGUGCUCGUGAGGAAGACUUUGUGGAGUAUUUCCUGUUUCCAUUAAUUGAGAACAACUCAUCAGAAUCGGAACUCAAUUCCUUACAUCAUGUCAUUGAUCAAAUUUCAAAAAUUGUGAAUCCUUUGGUUGAGCCUUAUAUUUGGCACAAAGAUGAAUUCAAAUUGAACCUUCGCCCUUCCAAGUUCAGAUCUGCCCUUCCAUCGUUGGAAGGAAACACAGAGCUUCCUGCCCAUUUGUAUGGCAUAACGCACUAUGGAGAUAAUAUUGAGGAUGAAUGGUUCAUAGUCUUCCUACUUAUGCGGCUAACUGAAAAUAUGCCUGGAUUAGUAGCAAGAGUUGCUGACGUUGAUGGUGAAUUUUUACUUAUUGAAUCAGCUGAUUAUCUACCUCGUUGGGCGGUGCCUGAAAAAUGUGAAGGGCGAGUUUUUAUCUUUCAAGGCGAAAUUCAUCUUGUGCCUCCUGAAAAUGACAAAACUCCAGCAUCGGUUGAUUUUCAUGAGCAAAUUAGAAACCAUCCUGAGUGGACCAGAGCUAGUCAAUCGGUGCAGGAUUGUAUUCGUAAAAGAAUACAUGGCUAUCCUGAAAAAAUGGCUAGUCUUUUUCACAAAGCUCAUGCGUUUUUACCAGUCUCUGUUGCUGCAUUAUUAGAAGCUAGUCCUAGUCUAAUAUCAUCCGCUGUUCUUGCUUUCUGUCACCGAGAUCCCAUUGAUGUCAAGGUAUGCCGCAUAAUGAAGAAGUUUCCUCCUCAACCCUCUGUGCUGCGCAGUGUUAAGUUUACAAAAUGCCUCUACGCCAUGAUCUCUCAACAAAAUUAUAUGCCAGAUAAAAGAGCCGGCUGGCGUUUACCUCCACCUACAGAUCCCGCAUUCAAGUCUCACAUGUUGGGAGUCAAAAUUGCUUGUGGGUUUGAGAUACUUGCAUCUCAAGUGAAAGUAACAUCAGCGUCUAAAGAAGACUUGGAAACCGACAAAGGAUGGCAUACAUACAAGCAAAGUUUAAUAAAAAAUGGGUAUUUUAAGGAAUUAUUGGAAGGCUCAAAAGAGUACAGUUUGCUCGAGCACACAGCUCAGGAUCACUACUUAGAAAUGGAAAAUCGAUCUCAGCCGGUCACCGGUAAACGAAUCUUGGAUCUCCUUGGUACACUGCAAAUAGAUGAAGAAAAAAUGAGAAAAGAAGAAAAGAAUUUACCACCUCCUGAUGACGAUUCUUGGAUGAACAUAUCCCCUGAGGAGUUAGAUUCCAUCUUGGCUGCUCGGUUUGGUUUCAAGGAUAAAGUUGUGAAUGUAACCGAUGAUCCUCAACAAAUCACCUCCAAACUCAUGGCGUUUUUCAAUCGGCAGUCUGAUCUUGAUGGUGUUGAAGAAGAAGAAGAACCGAAGAAAAAUGAAACAGAAUGUAGUUCUGAAGUGGAAGCACCAAAAAGGCCUCCUAGGAAAAACAAGGCCUCAUCUCAGUCUGCCAUGAAUAGUGCAAAAAGUUUGAAAUCAGAUUUGGAGACAGACAUGUUUCAAAGUCAGAUUCAAUUUGAUCAAGAGGCUUUUGCGUGCGAGUUGAAAAAUGUUCUUGAUCUGGUCGUGCCGGAGGAUGAUUGGGACCUUGAGUCAGAUAGUUCCGGAAUGAGCUCCUAUGAAGAUGAGAUGGACCUAAUAGAAAAAUCUGCCAUCAAGCCAAGCAUGUCUGUAUCUGAGUUGAAGCAGUAUAUGGAUCAGAUGGAUAAAGAACUUGCAUCAACGACUAUCGGUCAAAGCUUUGAUAAAGUUGCGGAGAAGGAGCACACGGAAGAUGACAGUUUCUCUGACAUCGAAAAUUUCAAGCCUGUUAAUGUUGACAUGAAUGCUCUGAAGAAUCUGAUGAAAUCAUAUGAGGAACAAAUUGGAGAGCCUGGUCCCACGAGUACACUUCUUGGUUCCAUGGGUGUGAAACUAGAAAAUUCUCGCACAUCGAAGCAGUGAGUCAACUUUCAGGUGCUUUCAAUUUUUUCUGCUUUUAAUUUUUUAUUUUUGAACUGUUUAUUUUUGUAUGUUUCAAGACUUUUCUGUGAUAUAUUGAGAGUCAGACAAUUACUAUAAUUAAAGCUAAUAUUUUGCCAUGAACCCAAUUUUCAGUGACAUUCCUUAAAAGAUUAAAGCAUCAUGUAAUAUGUGUUAUUUGCUACUGAUAGUACUUGCGUAACCUAAGUCAAUUCUGUAAGCACUCAAUUCGCUCCUUCUGCUUGAAGGAACUUAUCUCAGUUGAUCUGUUUUAGCACUGAUUUCUGUAGACAUUUUAUUUUUUCAUGAGAGCAUGAAUAUGUCAAGAAACAUUCGAGUCUUUUCUCAUAAAAGUAAAGAAAAAUCCCUGGAAAUUUCAAGCCAAUAAUCCGCAUGACAGUUCUUUUGUGAAAAAAUAAAAUGUUCGUAUGAAAUCGUAUGAAUCAGCGCUAUUGAGAUACGUUCCUUUGUCAGGGGAUGAUGAAUUUAGCAGUUUCUGCUAUGAAGGUGCCUUAUUUUGAAACAGGCUUAAAAGAGUGCCGUUUGUAGUUGAGCAAACAAUUUUUUAUUUUUUUUUUAUUUAUUUUUUUUUUUUUGGCGUGUGUGUGUGUGACUGGGCUGAAGUACCACAAAAUACAAAAUAUUUUUGCCAUUGCAUAGAGGAAUGUUUUACAAAAAUGUAGUAUAAAAAGUCCAAAUAGUGUGGCCUUUUGAAAUUUAGAGCUCAAAAAACAUGCUGUGGAAAAGUACAGUAACAUUUUGCUCAAUCUUGUGCAAAGUUGAACAUCAACUAAGUAAAAUGUUAAUCCAAAUUUUUUGGGCACUAACAUUGACUAGCCUGAUCAAAACUUCUUCAGGAUACACCAGAGAAACUAUCAUCGAAAAUUCAAUCAUAUACUGAUUUUUUGACGCAACCUCAUGAAAAUCAUUUUCUCCAAAAAAUCGUCACCUAGAACUAAGAUCUUGUUCCAGUGGUUGGUCGCAUUCAUUCAUAAUCAAAAGCACAAAUUGAGCUAAAUGUUUUUUAAAAAAAUGUAAGCUAGUAUUAAUAUUAUAUGGAAGGAUCAGCUAUGAAAUUAAGCAAGAUUGACCAUUAUUUUGCAAAAAGUCAUUUAUUUAUGGCUAAAAUUAAAUUCAUUAUAAUAUAUACAUUGUUAAAUUCAAUCAGGAACAUAUUUAUACAUUUACAUGCUUUAUCAUUUUUUAUUAAAAGGAAAAAAAAACGAG